UGUUGCACUGGAGUUAUAUUUCUGCGUAUCAAGGGCCAAACGAUCACAUUAUUCCUUUGCUACUUAUUGAGGGCUCUGCACCAUGUACACAGAGCUGGCAGUGGCGUUGGGGCUCGGGGCAGUGGUUGCUCUAGUGAUCCUGAAGAAGAAAAAAGGUAUCCUGAAAGCACAGGAUGGGUGGUGGGGUGUGGGGGCUCAUCCCCAAGGACCAGAGGAUGACAGCAUUCGCCCUUUUAAAAUUGAGGCAACUCCAGAGGAGAUUGAGGAUCUUCAUCGAAGGCUAGAUCAGACCCGCUCCUUCCCUUCUCUUGAAGACAGUCAGUUUCACUAUGGCUUUAACUCCAAAUACCUAGAGAAGGUUGUGUCUUACUGGAGGAAUGAUUUUAAUUGGAGAAAACAAGUGGACAAACUGAACAGAUAUCCUCAUUUCAAAACCAAAAUUGAAGGUAUUGAUAUCCACUAUGUCCAUGUGAAACCCAAGAACCUGUCUGAGGGAACCAGUGUUGUGCCUCUGAUGAUGGUACAUGGAUGGCCAGGUUCUUUCUAUGAGUUUUAUGGGAUUAUUCCCUUGCUUACGGAACCAGCCAGCCCUGAUGACGUAACGUUCGAAGUCAUUUGUCCCUCCAUUCCUGGCUAUGGCUUCUCAGAGGCCCCACAUAAGAAAGGUUUUGACUCCGUAUGUGCUGCACACAUUUUCAAUAAACUGAUGAAGCGACUUGGUUUCAGCCAGUACUAUGUUCAGGGAGGAGACUGGGGGUCGCUUAUUACCACUAAUAUGGCCCAACUGGAGCCCAACACAGUGAAAGGCCUCCAUGUUAAUUUUGCUCCCCCCGCGAAACCAAGCCUUCUCAUGGUAUUGUCUAUUCUUCUGGGUCGAUGGUUCCCCAAACUCUUUGGUUUUACUGAUCAUGAUGUGAAACGCCUCUUCCCCUGUAUGGAGAAAGUUGUGUUGGAUGCAGUAAAGGAGUCAGGAUACAUGCACAUACAAUCCACUAAACCAGACACUGUGGGUCGUGGAUUGAAUGAUUCUCCUGUUGGUUUGGCUGCUUACAUUUUGGAGAAGUUUUCAACAUGGACUGAUCCUGAAUUUAAGAACCUGGAGGAUGGUGGACUGGAGAAGAAGUUUUCUCUUGACGAUCUUCUGACAAAUGUGAUGAUCUACUGGACCUCUAGGUCCAUUAUAUCCUCCAUGCGUUUCUACAAAGAGAACUUUGGCAAAGGCCUCAACCAGCCCCAUGCAAAGCUCCCAGUUUACAUUCCGACGGGUGUUGCCUCUUUCCCCAAUGAAGUGCUGCACACCCCUAAACUGUGGGUUAAACAGAAAUGCCAUCAGCUCAAGACUUACACUCCCAUGGCUCACGGGGGGCAUUUCGCUGCAAUGGAGGAGCCACAGUUACUGGCAGAAGAUAUUCAGAACUUCGUCAAGAUUGUGGAGAAAAGAAAGAAAUGAUGAUGAAUAUCUUUUAUAUGUCCUUUUGUUCGUAUUGAUAGGACUCUCAAAUGCAUAUAACAGUGAUGACCAUGAAGUAAAAAGAAAAAUAAAUAAAUUACUACAAUUGUAUCAAUUAUUACACUCAUUUUGAAGUAAUUGCACAAUAUGCUAGGAAUAUAAGAAAUACACAAUUUUAUGUGUGCCAUGUGCCUUAGUUUUGCUGUAAUUUAAAUGAUUAUACUGUAUAGUGACAGCAGCUUUUGAUAUAGAUAUUUUAGUGAGAUUGUUUGUGGAUACCUUGAAGUGUUAUUUUUAGUGUUCUGAGAUUGUUUGUAUGGGACCACAGUAGUGAAAAAAAACAGUAAUUCUAAAAUUAAAUAGUUUGGAUAUGAAAACAAA